CAGGUCUUGGAUAAGACGAGUUGGAAUUGUGAAGUGGCUCAAGGCUUGAGGCAUCCGGCAUUUGAGACCAAACCAGAGUAUUCUUUCUCCAUAGCAGCCGACGCUGCUCAUGCCCGAGCCCCACCAAAUCCACCAACCCCCGCCCCCAACCGAUCCAAACCCUGUUGCCUCCACGGCUGCAAAUGCCCGGCGCAAUCCGGCCCCGUUGCCGCUGCCGUUGCCGGAGAUUGCGGUGCCGCCGGUGCAGCCGAAGAUGAUCAUAAAGGGGAUGCUGGGCCGGUACGAGCGGUGGAACCCUGUGCACCCGACGGCGGGCGCCUUCUGGGGCGUCGGGCUGGGGUUCGGCUGCGGCGUCGGGUGGGGCCCGGGGUUUGGACCCGAGGUCAUCGGCUACGUCGGCGCCGGAUGCGGCGUCGGAUUCAGCGUCGGCAUCACGCUCGCCGGUGUCGGCGUCGGGCUGCCACAGCACGGCAUCAUCAAGAACCACUACCACGGCGGCGGUUUUGCAAACAAUGUCCCAUUCGAAUCAGCAAGGUUUUAUACCUUGACCUUGCUAAGAGGUAUGCUAUGGGAUGCCAUCAAUUAUGUGAGCAACGCCGCAGCUAUGAGGAAAGAAUCUCGGCAGAAGCUUUUAAGAUGUCAGGAGAAACCUCAAGUUUCAGGAGGAGUUGAUCUGCCCAAGCUGGGGAAAGGCAUGUCCAGCAGCUUCCGAUCGACGAUGGAGUGUAUCAAGGCCUUCACAAACCAGAAUUGGCCUCCAUAGCAGCCCCUAAGUAAAUUGAAGAUUGCAACCGAGCUUUGUGUGCAAACUACCCACCUGGGAUCAUAGCCUGGAUAGUAGUACCCCUUUCCGGGUGGCAAUGGGGUAUCGGAUGCAGGUGGCUCGUAUCUCGUCCACGACAGGGUUAACGUCCCUUCUAAAGGAAAAAAAAAUAAGAACCUGUACUUUGUGAGUAAGAACCCCCAUGGCACACAUAGAUACAUUAUACAUAUUUCUUCGGAAUUAGUUUUUGGCAUGAGCAAGUUUAAUUUUUUACAGUUAUAAGGGAAACAACUCCAGCUGAAGAACAUGUUAGCUUGUAAUCUUGCUAGUGAUUUUUGUUGAAUAAUCACCCAGUCGAUGUGUAACUAUAACAAUAUGCUGUUCAUCCAAGCUCGUUGCAAAAUCUUGUAUUGUGAAAUGAAACUCCAUUCAAUUUGUA